AUGGCGUUAAUAAUGAUGACAUUUGAUGUUAUAUGGAUGUCGCUUUUAGCGAUUUAUUUGGAUAACAUCUAUCCGUCUGGUGAUUUACCGCGGAAGGAUUGGUUUUUCUUUUUACAUCGAUCGAACAGUGAACGCCAGCAAUGCACCCUUUACGAUUCUUCUGAUGCUUCUAGUAACAACAUUCAGAAACAUGAGGACGAUCAAGCAGACAUCGAUAUAAGGCACUUAACGAAAACUUACACCGUACAACCAGCUGUUGAUGACAUGUCGUUCCGUGCUUAUCGAGGAGAGAUAACCGUUCUUCUGGGACACAAUGGUGCCGGGAAAAGUACAACAUUUUCGUUGAUAACAGGCCUUAUUUCACCAACCUCUGGCUCUAUUUACAUUUGCGGCAGCAGAAUGAAUUCACAUUCCAUCAAUCACUGCCAACGAGAAAUCGGUUUUUGCGCACAGCAUAAUGCAAUAUUUAAUUUGCUGACAGUACGCGAGCAUUUGGAGAUGUUUCAGAAGCUCAGCGGCAACACAGCUGAUUAUGUCAUGGAGCUGAUGAAGAAUAUCCAAUUAGAUAACGUAGCUGACGUGGUUGCUGAAAAACUAAGCGGUGGGAUGAAACGAAAAUUGUGUGUCGGAAUAUCUUUGGUUGGUGGACGUCGCGUUAUACUGUUGGAUGAACCUACAGCUGGUAUGGAUCCAGCAUCCAGGCAAGCUGUCUUCCAGUUACUUCAGCGCUGCAAAAGUGAGAGAACAAUUCUUUUGACAACCCAUUGUAUGGAUGAAGCAGAUUUACUGGGUGAUCGCAUAGCAAUUAUGGUAAGGGGUCGGUUAAUCUGUGCCGGUACAUCGGAGUUCUUGAAAAAUCGUUUUGGAACAGGGUAUUUAUUAUCGAUCGAUUUGACGCCUCGACAAGAUUUCCACCAUUCUUUUGAUCAGAAAGAAGAGUUGUUAUCAACUAUUAGAAAGCAUAUUCCGGAAUCUGAAAAGCAAUCGGCAACUCCUCAACAGAUAACUGUUCUGUUGCCCAUUGAAUGCAAGAGGAGCUUUCCCAGUCUGUUUGUUGAUUUGGAACAGAAUGCUGAAAAGUACGGUAUUAAUUCAUUUGGCUUAUCACUGAAUACAUUGGAGCAGGUUUUUCUCAAAGUCGGAGAACUUGAGGAUGCUAAUUCAACUGCUAUCACUGACGUGGAAAAUAUGGCGGAACAACAAGCAUCGAUUCUCUGUAGUAAUUCGUUUAUUCAUACGGGAUUAUUGCUAUGGCUUGCACAGAUUGUUGCAUUGCUUAGGAAACGUUUCAUUUGCUAUCGGAAACAGUGGCCACGACUUAUUUGGCAAAUCUUCCUUCCUGUAACUGUACUUCUACUUGUUGUUUUUUAUGUGAAAAAUUUGUCAACUCGAGAUGAGAAAAGACAUGAAAUUUUGUUAAAUGCAGGACGUAUAAGUCCUUGUGCUGUGCCUCUACAGCUGGAAAACCCUGAAGCUCAAUUCGGCCAUAAUGUUCUGCAGAUAGUACAAAAUAUAACGGGCUAUUCGCACUGGCUAGUGCCGACAUCGGAAAAUUUGGAGCUCAGUCUUGCUAAACUGCCAAAAAUACCGCCACCUGUCGGCAUAGCUGUCACGUACAACACGAAGAACGGUCACACUGCUGUUACGGCGUUUUUCAACGCUAAGGCUAGAUAUGGACCGGUUAUUGCAAUGACGUUGAUAAGCAAUGCAAGGUUGGGGCAGUCUGCAGAUUCCAUUAAAAUAUCCUUACUACCAUAUGGUAACGUAAGCGGUGUCAACCCGUUGGUCUCACUGAAUUCUCAUAUGUUUUUGAUAGCACCUGUUUUGAUUAUCAUUUUUGCUUUUGUUUCUUCUGGCUUUGUAACCUAUGUUGUCGAUGAUCUCAACACGAAUUUUUUUCAUCAGCAACUUCGCACUCGACUGAACACAUUUACCUACUGGUUGUCUGUGAUAAUUUCGGAUUUGAUACUCUAUGUGUUUAUUUGUGCUGUUUUCAUUGUUAUUUUGGGCGAAUGGUUAAGUAACUUUAAAUUUGACUUGAUAUUGCUUUGGUUGAUAUAUUUAUGGCCAACAUUGCCAUUCGUUUAUUGCAUGGCUUUCCUGGUGAAUCAUCCAACACGAGCAUACAUUGUGUUGAUCAUCAUAACGCUGGUCGUUGCUCUUUGUGCCAGCAUCAUAUCCUAUGUUAUGAUGUCCAUGAAACCAAGAUUAUUUCCUUAUUUACAUACAGCAUUCUUGUUUUCGCUGCCGACGUACAGCAUGUCAUACAGUUUGAUUAUGAUUUUAGUUGCUGAUGUCAAUAGAGAUACGAGUAGUCUGUACAGCUGGGAGAAGCUUGGGCGUGUUUACGUGAUGAUGACUUGUUCGGGACUUUUAUUUUGGAUUAUUUUAAUGAUGAUAAAUUUCAAACCUCUUGCAGUGUAUAUACACGAUUUGUUGUCGGUAAUACGGAGGACACCAUCAAGCUUAUCGUUGUACGAAAGCAGCUUAGAAGAUAUUGAUGUAAAGAAAGAACGAGAAUGCGUAUCCCAGAAAAGAAAUACCGAACUAUCACUGGCUGUCCGUAAUUUGAAUAAGUACUACGGGGAUUUGCAUGCUGUUCGUGCUCUUACUUUUGGUGUUGUACCCGGUGAAUGUUUUGGUCUUCUGGGAGUAAAUGGUGCAGGCAAAACAUCAACAUUUGAUAUGCUAACCGGUAUAUCCAUACCGGAUAGUGGCGAAGCUUUCAUCAACGGCCGUUCUAUUUUGAAGAAACAGACUGUUGGAUUCUGUCCACAGUUUGAUGCACUUCAUCCUAAACUAACGGCUAGACAAACUCUGCAGCUGUUGGCCUCGCUUUAUGGCCUUGUUAAUUCUGUGAAACAUGUGAAAACUCUCCUUGAAGCAGUAUCCUUAACAGCGCAUGCUGAUCGUUGUGUCGAGUUUCUCAGCGGAGGGCAGCGACGGCGCUUGAGUUUAGCAGUAGCGUUGAUUUCGCAAACUGAUUUAAUACUGCUGGACGAACCAACUGCUGGUGUUGAUCCGAAAACACGUAGACAAAUUUGGUGUUUACUCAAUGCAAUGCGUGAAAGACAACGAGCAGUGCUUCUUACCUCCCACAGCAUGAGUGAGUGCGAAGCAUUAUGUAAUCGCAUUGGCAUAAUGGAUCAGGGAUCUCUGAUCGCUAUUGGAUCACCACAACAUAUCAAGACAAGAUUUGGUGAAAAAUACACGUUGAUUAUAACUACUGCUAAUCAGUAUGGACGGGAAGAUUUAAUUUCUUCAGUCAAAGAAAUUUUUCCUAGUUGCAUUGAGAAAGGUGCUCAUAGUACGUGCUUACUAUGGGAUAUUACGAAGAGAGAGAAUGACAGGUGGUCAGAGAUGUAUAAAAAAUUAUGUCAACUUGCGGCACGGUUUCCGUGGAUUAUGGAUUAUUCACUGACACAGACGACGCUUGAAGGAGCUUUUUUGCAACUUUCACAACGUGAGAAGUGAUUUGUUGCAAAUACUGAUUUGCUGUCUCUUAGCUGUAAACAUGUCGCCGUUUCAUUCUAAUAUCCACACUUUGCAUAUUAUACCGAUAAAUCGUCUUUUGAAAUUUCAUAAAGCUUGCUCCGAAGUUAGUCACAGUCUCAGUGAAUUCCCUCUAAACUAUCAUUUCCACGUUUCUCAUUGUACGCUUCGUUACUAUAUCAAAUUUCCAGACUUUUGAUCAAAAUUAAUGUAUAUAUACGUGUGUGCAGAAUCGUAACUGU